CUUCUCUUUUCCUCCUCCCUCAUCAGUCACCAUCGUCGUCGUACAAUACCUACCUACCUAGGUAGGUAGUUUAUUGUUAUUUUAUAGCCUGUGCGGCUUAUCGUCAUCCAAUAGCAGCAGCUACAACAAACAGCAGCCAGGCCAAGCGGGACGCGCACACCUGCAUGCUUCAGCACCUGCACGUACAGUGCUUGUGGAGCGCUCCACCUGCAUACAGCUGGAGAGCCCUGGAGUGCUCAAAUGCACAUGUACCUGUCUUCUACUUCUUCCCAAGCGUGCCCAAGUGACCGCCGCUCGUUAUCAGUUUAUCACCCAGGCAGCUACUACAAUUCGUGCUAGGUAAGUAUCUUUGAUUAGCUAGGGAUCUUGUUCACUCCACGAUCGCAUACCUGCCAAAGGUCGAAACAUCGAUCGAUUCGUUCCACUUGAACAAGCGUCUCUUCCUCUGCGCUUUCCUCAACUGUCGACUCACAAUCAUGUUCGGAUUCAUCGCCGACAUCCUCACCUCCGUCACCUCCAUCCUUCUUCCCGUCUUCUUCUCUUACAAAGCACUGCGCACCUCGGAUCCGGCGGUCUUGACGCCAUGGCUCAUGUAUUGGACGACCCUCAGCCUUCUUCUCGUGGUUGAAUCCCAGUUCAACUUCAUCCUUAGCUGGGUGCCCUUCUACAGCUGGAUCCGACUCGGCGUACACUUGUACCUCGUCAUUCCAGGCGAGCAACAAGGCAGCGUAUUCGUAUACAAACGCUACGUCUUCCCCUUCCUUGACGAACAUGAGCGCCAGAUCGAUCGUUUCAUCAGCGACUCGCACGCGCAGCUUACGGCCGCGGGCAUGGAUGCGGUGAAGCGCGCGAUUGAAUACGUGCGUGUUCAGAUCCUUGGCCAGCCACCUCGGCCGCCACCGCCUCCGUCUGCUCGCAACGUCAGCUACACGACCCAGCUCUAUGAGCGCUUCGCGAUGCCCUCGGCGCGCAACAUGGGGGGCUAUGCGGAUGUCGCUGGCGCGUUCGCCUCCAAAUUUGCUUCCGAAGCACCAGCUGGCUCCAAUGCUCCUGCUGCGGACCUUCUCGGCCUGCUGGGCAAAGCUCUUUCAUCUGCUACCGGAUCUUCUCAGCAGACCUCAAACUCUUCGGACCCACGGACACAGGCACGGGAUCUUGCCCGCUCUGGCACACUCAUACCUCCGAACUUGCGAGGCGCUGAGCGCGACGACUUUGUACGCGCGGCGAAAGAUCGUCUUCGGACGGCUCUGAUGGCUAUAGACGCAGCCGACGAGCUCGGCCCUUCAACCUCGUCCGGUCUUUCCAGCAGCCAUCGCGCCGCCAACAGAUCAUACGACGCCCUCAGUCGAUCCCGCAGCGAGAGCGAGUUCGAAGAUCUAGGCUAUGACGAUCACGAGGAUGAUGGCCUCACACCCGGGGCAAACAUGCCUGAUCCAGAAGACUAUCUACACGGCGCCGUGGGCCGUGGACCACACACCGAACGUGCCGGCGCGCCCGGUGGAGAAAAGGGUUGGUCGAAUUGGGUGUGGGGAAACUAUGGAGAAAGAGACAGCGCGGCUACACCGCCAGAUGGCGUCCGUCGAAGGAGAGAUUGAAGAGGUAUGGCGUUUUCGCAACUUCGAGGUCUUGGCAGGAUUAUCCAAGAAUGGUUUGCAAGAAUACGAAAUUAUGGGUCACGGCGUUUGGGUGUCAGUAAGAUAGAUAUGUACCUUUUAUGAGAUCACGCAAGGCGCGUGAAGGCAAUGAGCUCUGGUGCUGCAUGUGAAGGUCGUUCUGUGUAUCUGGGAGCGGAUUGAUCCAGUUCAGUCUUUCAUAUUUCCAUGCAAGCAUCCAGCGCGAUGAAAAGCCGGGCAUAUUCCUAGUCGCAACCAUCGAGUUGCUCAAACGAAUUGAUCAUUUUCGAUGGGCUGUAAUAAAGCA